UAUACGCACCAGCAGCAGCCGUGGAUGCAGGCAUCAGGCGGGGGACCUGGAAUGCAACGACCUCUCUUCCCUCCCUCGGUCCGCGCGCGCACAAGAAAGGAAAACCGCGAGCGGAGGAGAGAAGAGUCUACCGUCGCUGUGCAUCGAGGCUCUCUUCGCUACACUAGCUGAAAAAUAGAGAGAAAGAGGAUGGAGCUCUCUCCCGCGCAGCAGCGAAGCCGCAGUCGGUGCAGCAACGUUGCGACGAGCUGAGCGUCAUUCCUUCGUGCUGUUGCUUUCCACUGUAUCAUUUGUUGUCAUUUCUUUUUUUUUCUUUUUUUUUUUUUUUUGUUGCACCGUGUUGUCGUGUCCCGCGUCUGCAGCUGAAAAUGGGAAUCAUGAAGCGAGAAGCCGACGCCGGGGGUCAAGCCAGCCCCAACAAGCGCUACAGGCAGGGCGAGGAUGAACUGCGAUUCCUUAUCCCCAGCAGGGUCGCCGGAUCGAUAAUCGGCAGAGGCGGCCAGAACAUCGCCAAGCUACGUAGUCAGUACAAAGCCUCAAUCACUGUACCCGAUUGUUACGGACCCGAACGGAUCCUCACGAUUGGGUCAGACUUGGAUACAAUCAUCACGAUCAUGGCUGAUCUAGUACCUAAACUGGAAGAGAGCGGAGUCAAAAUGGGAUCGAGCGAUGGUGACAUCGACCUGCGUAUGCUCGUGCACCAGAGCCAAGCCGGCUGCGUCAUCGGCAAGGGUGGCAACAAGAUCAAGGAGAUGCGCGAGAAAACAGGCGCGAGGAUCAAGAUCUACUCCAACUGCUGUCCCCACAGCACGGAUCGGCUCAUCAGCAUCUGCGGCAAGUCCGACACGGUGCUCGAUUGCAUCCGCGAGCUCGUCGCCACCAUCAAAACCUCACCGCUGAAGGGCGUGAACAAUCCGUACGACCCGCGCAACUAUGACGAGUUCUACGCCGAGGAGUACGGUGGGUACGGUGAGAGCGGCCAGCCUGCCGGUGGUGGCGGUGGUGGCGGCGGUGGUGGCAAGCCCGGCGGCUUCGGCGGUCCCGGAGGUCGAGGCGGUAACAUGGGCGGCGGAGGCGGUGGCGGCGGCGGCAUGGGUCCCCGUGGACGCGACAACCGCGGUGGCGGCAACUUCAAGCCCAAUGACAUGAACCGGGGCGGUUUUGGAGGCCCAGGAGGCAUGGGAGGUGGUCGCGGUGGCGGCGGCAACGUUCGCGGUGGCGGAAACUUCGGUGGACCACCCGACCGUGGCUUCGGCGGUGGUAACAUGCGAGGAGGUGCCGGAGGCGGCGGUGGCGGAUUCGGUGGAGGUAUGGGUGGAGGCGGUGGUGGCUUUAACAGCAACCGUGGAGGCCCACCCUUCUCCGGUGGCGGCGGCGGUGGCGGCAGUGGAGGCAAUUUCAACGGCAACGGCUGGGGUAACAACAUGCAAGGAGGAGGAGGAGGUGGUGGUGGGGGUGGUGGUGGUGGUAACGCCAACGGCCUUGGAGGCGGCGGUGGUAUGGGCAAUGCGCCACCAAUGGCUGGUGGUGGAAGCGGUGGCAGUGGCGGCGGUAAUGGGCCCAGCCAAGGUGGAAGCCCCGGUGGCGGUAACGUCAGCAGUACACAAGUCACUAUUCCGAAAGAUCUCGCUGGUGCCAUUAUCGGCAAAGGUGGCGCACGAAUUCGCAAGAUCAGAUCGGACAGUGGCGCUGGCAUUACCAUAGAUCUCCCAUUGCCGGGUAGCAACGAUCGCAUCAUCACCAUCACCGGCUUACCCAACCAGAUACAGAUGGCUCAGUUCCUCUUGCAGCAAAGCGUACACGAAAAUUCUGAGCAAGCUUACUAAACAGUAAUCAUUGUAGCGAAAAAGAGGGGGAGCCAAAGAUGCGUUUAUAAUUUUUUUUAAGCAAACUUAUAUCUCGGAUUGAAAAAAAAAAAAAAAAAAAAUGAUAGAAUUCAAGAAUAAUCAAGACAAAUAGCAAGAAACCAUAUUUCUAAAUGAAAGAUAAAAUCUGGAGUGGAUUCAUCAACGUUGUGCUGCAGAUGUGACGUUUUACAAAAUAGUUUCAUCGCUAAUAAACGACCUUAGAAAAUCAUUAAAACACAAGUCGUGUAUGAAGGAAAAAAAAAUUGUCAAAAUUUACAUACUGAUUAAGUACAUGAAAGUAAUUGUUGCCAUAAGUUUUUAUUUUAUUUUUUUUCACUCAGUAAAUGCAACAGGUGGUUUCAAAAGGAUAAACGUGUAAGUGCAGCUACAUGCUUAGAAUAGUUACAUGCACUUGCUUUUUAAAUUACUAACCAUUUACUAAUAUUAAAAUGUUUCGAGUGUUGAGUAUCAGACUAUUUUUUUAUAUAUCUUGAAUGAAGUUGAGUCGUAUCAAUCAGUUUUGAUAAAUGCGAGAAUGAUAAGGGGGAAAAAAAUGUAAAUUGUUUUAGUAAAUUUGUUGAUUGUUUAAUUGUUAGUUUUUUCAUGCGCGUGUAUAUUUGAAAAAUCCUCGACAGAAAUUUUUAAACUUACGCUGUAAAUAUCACGAGCUAUGGUAACACUUUUUCAACUAAUUUUUUAUCCUUUUGAAACCACUUGGACCGAUCUUUUUUUAGCUUGUUAAACAAAGGUAUUUGCACACCAAAACGUGAACCGCUCCCAAUCGUAUUAAGUCUUGUGGAAGAAAGUUAGAAGUUAAUAAUGUGAAGAAGUAAAAAAAUUACGUUUUUUUUUUUUCGGAUGAAAGUUUUUGGUGAAAGACACCAUGAUAUGCAUACAUGUUUUACGGUAAGGACAACAUACAAAGAAAAAAAAAAAAAAAGGAAAGAAAGAACGUUGCCAGUGUGAAUUAAAAAAAAAAAGAACCUUUGUAAAUAAAACACUAUACCAACUUUCUUUCAUCCUCUUUAUGCCUAAAAAUUUGUAUACUUUGACUGCUAACUGCACACUCGUGUAGCUCCUUUUAUUAUAACCGUUUAAUAAUUAUUAAUAAAUAGCUAGAAAAACAUAACACCCCUUCUCUCUUACCCUCCAUACUCUUUUUAAAUGGGAUUCACCACGAUCGCCUGAUGUACUGAUGUGUUAUUUUUUGUAAUUCUUUUUAUCAUUUUGAUAAUCUAUUGAUUUAUAGAAAGUGUUUUACAUCAUGUGUAUGAUGGUGAUGUCACCAAAUGUUUUACAUUGCACUGAAAUACGUCAGUACAUUUAAUGUGAAUCGCAUACUGAGUGUCAGUAGAAUGAAAAUGUACGGCAAUCAUCUUCAAAUUAAUGUUAUCAAAAGUAAAUAUACUUUACUAUUACAUAAAAACAUCAAAUUACUAGAACCAUCGACAUUAUAAGGUGGUGCCGAUACGAAAAUUAAUUGAAAAAUACAUCUAAUAUACGGAAAUUCUAAGGAUAA